GAGAAAGACGACGGGGGGAACGGAAGAAGGGGGGAAGAUGCACGACUUUGUCUCGCACGUCCUGCGACGGUACUGGGAAGCGACGGGAUGGAACAACCAGAACUCGUACAUGUACCUGACAUCAACGUCGAAUGCCGUCCUGGACUUUAGCAUUCCCACGGGCCUCUCUCUCUCCAUCUCCGCCUCGCCCUCGCCGCCCUUCUUUACGACAUACCGCCUUCGCGCGCUGCCAACGCUCUCCGGUGCACUCGGCUACAUCUACGCCUCGACUGACGCCGAUGCCCCGCCGCUGGACAUUGGAGGCUCGUCGCGCGACGUGCGAUUCAAGGACGUCGUGGAGCGCUUUCGCGUCAUCGAGGCGCCAAAGACGCCCCAAGGAAAGGAGCCCGUCUGGCUUGCAGGCAAACGCAUCGAUGCAAGAGACUACCUCCUGUAUGGCUGCAUGCAUGUGCCUACAGCCCGAGUCGAUGCCCUCUAUACCUCGCGGCUCUCGCCGACGUGGCAGCUUCUCGUCACGGCCAUUUCCAUGCCGCCAAGGAACUCCCCCUCUUCUUCUGCCUCGGCGGGUGCAGGCCACUAUGCGGAUAGAAGCGACAUGAGUAAUUCCGGUGCGCCUCCUCCAUCGGCUGCCGCCUCUUCUCCUUCCACGCCACCGCCCGGUGCUACGAACCUGCAGAUCAACCUGCAGCGCGACACUGGAAGGUGGUUUCAAGAAUACAGCUACAGCGCAGACGACGCCCUCUGGGGCUUCCGCUUUCUCUACAACUUUGGCACGCCCGACUCUACCGCUAAUUCCAUAGAUGCCAUGCUCCAAGACCUAGGCAGCUUCUCGUCGUCGUCGUCGUCGCCAAGUGGAAGCGAUUAUACACGAAAUGGGACAAAGGAGAUGCACCGCGUCGACGAAGAGUCGGCGCUCGAGGCCGUCGUCGGUGGUGGCCUCCAAGGCCGCUUCAGUGUCGGCGCAGAGGUGUUCCUGAGCGCCGUCGAGAAGAGCGCGGGCAUCUCGACAGGCGUUCGCUUCACCACGCUGCCCGACCCUCUUCCUUCUCCUGCCUCCUCUUCUUCUCUACCGUCGCCCCAAGCUGCGCCGUCUUCGAGCGACGGUACGCCGAGCCAGCCUCCGACAACGAUCACGGCGACGCUGAAUCCCAUGAUGGGGCAUCUAAGCACUGCCUACGCAGCACGAAUGACGAGAGACAUUGUCGCAUGCUCGCGCUUCGACUUCAAUGUCUAUUCGUACGACUCGGAACUUACGCUCGGCGCAGAGUACUGGUUGCGAAAAUCGAAAAGGCAGGAAAGACAGGAGGAGCUUCAACAGACGCAGGAUAUGGUAGAUGACGCGGGAGCAGAUAGAGGCUCCUCUGCCUCCUUUCCACCGUGGAGGGCCAUAGAAGACGACGCGGAGGGCGAGUCGAGCGUGCACGCGGGCGGCCUGGAACGCAAUGUGGCCGCAAAUGCUAGAGAGGAACUGGCGGCGAGAGAAUUGACCCGAGAAGCUGGAGCGCUCUCGCUCAGGGAAGGUCCGUCAGGCACCGCCUCUUCGUCUCCAGCGACUUCCGCGACCGCGACAGCACCUCCCACGCCGACGCGUUCUUGGUCGCUUCGAGAAGAGAUCCCAAUCUAUUCUGAGCUACCUCCGCCAUCGCCCUCGGAGGGGGAGGAGCGGCAAGCACCCUCGCCGUGGCAAUCCUCCCCCUCGUCUCUAUUUUCCUCGUCCUCCUCUCUGUCAUCGUCAGCCAUCGGAGUUCUCAAGGCCAGGCUGUCGACGUCAGGCAUCAUCGCUUUGCUCUGGGAAGGACGCCUCCGGAACUGUCUCGUCAGCUUCGGCGUCAAGGCCGAUCUCUCGCCCUCGCAGUAUACCACCCAAAAGGACAGCGCGGGCGCCGGCAGUGGAUUUGUGGGAGGGAGUAGCAAGCCACUCAGAGCCAUUGGGCUCGAUGUCCUGUACUUUAGCCAGACAAAAGAAGCCAGGUCGAGGGCCUCGUCGUGAAUCUUAUCAUACCCACAGCCUGAAAUGC